AUGUAUAACAAAGAAAUAGCACAACUACCACAUGUAAGAAAAAAACAAAAGACAAAGAGAGAGCAUGUGGUCAAAGAAGACUUUCUCUCUCUCUCUCUCUCUCUCUCUCUCUCUCUCUCUCUCUCUCUCUCUCUCUCUCUCUCUCUCUCUCUCUCUCUCUCUCUCUCUCUCUCUCUCUCUCUCUCUCUCUCUCUCUCUCUCUCUCUCUCUCUCUCGUAUUUCGUCGUCCAAGUGGCACAGGCUGCCUGGGCUUGGUGCUCGUCAGCGCCAGCGGCGCUGGCAUCGGCUAAGACCGAGGCGUCGCCGGCGAGCAAGGGCCCCGCUCUUCCGCGCCCGACUUCUUAUGCCGAGGCGGCACGCCGCGGGGCAGUGCGCGGUUCGUAUGCCGAGGCUGCACGUCGAGGCGCAGCCCUAGACCCGACGGACGAAGCGCCUCCCGGACCGUGCCCCAUUGCGCCCAUCUCAGCUGCCCCGUCCAACUCUAUCGCGCCCGUGCAAGAACCCGCCAUACCCGCGGAAACAGCUGUGACUGGCAAUGUCAACAUUGCUCGCUAUGGUGUGCUACCGAAGCAAAGCCCCAGUGACCGAAAGCAGUAUCGCAUCCUUUACCUGACCAAUGGUAUGCGCGUCGUCCUCGUCUCCAACUCGCACCUGCUCGAGGAGGGCGAAUCGAUCGAGGCCUUUACGCAUCGACAGCGCCAAAGCAAAGCUGGCUCCCACAGCCGUGUCUCCGGCUCAGCCAGUGGCGACGAGGAUGAAGAUGAAGAUGAGGAUGAAGACUACACGGAUGAAGAGACUGACGAUGAUCAAGACUCGGAUGACGACGAAGACGACGGCGAGGAUGAAACCGACGCACCGCGCAAGGCAGCCGCUGCCCUUCGGGUCGGCGUUGGGAGCUUUGAGGACCCUGAAGACCUCGGCGGCCUAGCCCAUUUCCUAGAACACAUGCUGUUCAUGGGCAGCGAAAAGUACCCCGGUGAGGACGAGUUUGAUCAUUUUGUGAGUGACCACGGCGGCAACACAAACGCGGCUACUGAUGGCGAAGAAACCUACUAUGCCUUUGACAUUGAACCCGCUUUCUUGGGCGGCGCCCUUGACCGUUUCGCCAACCUCUUCAUCGCCCCUCUUAUGCAACCCUCAAGCACCAAGCGAGAAUUGGAGGCCAUCGACAACGAGUUUGAGAUGAACCAGCAACACGACGGCGUCCGUCGUGAGCAGAUCUUUUGCCACCUCGCACGCCCAGAUCAUCCGGCGCACAAGUUUGGCUGGGGCAACCUCAAGAGUCUCAAGACUAUCCCCAAAAAGAAAGGCAUCAACACGCGCGCUGCCCUCCAGUCGUUUUUCAAGACUCACUACUCAGCCUCCCGCAUGACACUGGUUGUGCUGGGCCUCGACGAACUCGACGAACUCGAGGCCAUGGUGGUCAAAUCCUUUUCUCCCGUGCCUACGACUGGCCAACCCAGUGCACAUAUUCGAGGCUUGCCAACCCCCUGGGAUCCCAAGGUGUUUCAUCGCUAUUAUGCCAUCCCACCUGUCAACGAUGUGAACAUUAUGGGUCUAGUUUGGUGUCUGGAAAGCAUGCAAGACAAAUGGGCUGCCAAACCGAUUGCUUUUCUAGCCGAGUUGCUCGGGCACGAGGGCAAAGGCAGCAUCCUUUCGGCCCUCAAGGCACGCCAUUGGGCACUUGGCCUUUCUGCUGGAGCCGGGUCAACAGACUACGAGAACAACUCUGGAUUUUGUGCGUUUGAGGUGCAAAUCACCCUGACGGACCAAGGCUUGGAACAUCAGGCUGAAGUCGUGCAACUUGUGUUUGAAUAUAUCGCACUCUUGGGUGCCGCCUCGGAGUCGGAGCUACGUCGCUUUUGGGACGAAUGUCGCAUUGUGGCGGAAAACGGAUUCCGAUUUCAGGAGGAGAUUGAUGAGUAUCAGUUUGUCGAAGACCUUUGUACCGCGACCCCGGCCUUUCCGGACGAGCACAUCUUGGAUGGAGAUGUUGCGUAUUUGCAGUUCGAUUUGCCUUUGUACCGUCGCAUCCUGGCUGCAAUGAAUCCGGAAUCAGUGCUGAUGUUUUUUUCAUCCAAGGCCGAGUCCUGCACCUCUUUGGUCACUGACACUGAACCCUGGUUUCGCACACCGUAUGGCAGUCAGGUUUGUGGUUCUAGGGUGCUCGUCCGGCAUUUUGUUUUCGUUUUUAUCCUUUUCCAAUUUUUUGGUGUGUGUGUGUGUGUGUGUGUGUGUGUGUGUGUGUGUGUGUGUGUGUGUGUGUGUGUGUGUGUGUGUGUGUGUGUGUGUGUGUGUGUGUGUGUGUGUGUGUGUGUGAUGCCCAUUAAGGCCGAAUGGGAAGCAACUUGGAAAGCUGCAACCGCCACAGCAGGGUUGGAUCAUGGAUUGCAUAUGCCGGAGCCCAACAUGUACGUGGCCACCAACUUUGACUUGCAUCCGCUGCCCGAGGAGCCCGUGACUGAGCCUGUGCUGUUGGAGGAGACCAAGCAAAGCAUGUUGUGGUACCGACCUGAUACCGUCUUUCGUCUUCCUCUGGCUGCCAUUCGCGUGGCAAUUCGAUCCCCUGAGUGGUUUUGCUCGGCUACCGAUGCCGCCUACAUGAACAUUUACUUGGCUCUGCUCGAGGACAAGCUGGCUGAACUCGUGUACCCUGCGUCCCUGGCUGAUCUCCGCCAUAAGCUCAAGGGUACAACAGACGCUUUCCUGGUGCGCGUUUCAGGCUUGAGUGACCGUCUGCCCCUCUUGUUCAAGGCCGUCAUUGAGUGUGCUCGAACCCUCGAAGUGGACGACGAGAAGUUUGCCAUCAUGGCAAAGCAAGUGCAACGCGCCAGGCGUAACAUGAGCCUCGCCCCGACCAGCUUUGCGGCCCAGCUGCGCGCCAAGAUGCUAUUCUACUAUAACAACUUGCCCUCGGAAGUUGUUGAUGCCGUUCCCAGCUGCACCGCCCAGGGACUGCGCGACUACUUGCAGCGUUGCUUUCAGAUGGUGCGUUUCGACAUUCUGGUCCACGGCAAUCUCAGCGCCGACCAGGCUCGUGAUAUUCAAAGCUUCCUGGAAUCCACGUUUGCCACAAGCGUGACUCUGCCCAAGGAAGCGGUUCUGAACCAACGCCUGACUGACUUGCCCGUGGGACUGACAGUCAUGGCGGCCACCAAUAACAACCAAGAGGAUGUCAACAACGCCUUGGAAAUGUACUACCAAAUUCAAGACAAGACACGCAAGGCCAAGGUCUUGGCACAACUUGUCAAUUCGCUUUUGACGGAAAACGCCUUCCAGGUUUUGCGUACUAAGCAACAGUUGGGAUAUGUUGUACACCUGGAUUGGCGCUACAGCUAUGGCUAUCCUGGCUGGCUUCUCACUAUCGAGUCACAGGGCACCAACUUUCCAACCAGCGAAUUGGUGCGACGGGUAGAACAGUUCUUCACCGACGCCCUGGCAUACUUACAACAAGUCUCGCCGGAGCAGUUUGUGAGCGUACGCGACGCCUUGGUAGCCGACAAGCUGCGACCAGACGUGAACAUGGAAGCUCUUGUGACGCGUGAUUGGGCUGAGAUUGAAAUGCGCGGUUUUGAGUUUGACAUGUACGAGCGUGAAGCCACGCUUACGAGCAAGCUAACGCAAGAGGAAGUGAUGGAGUUUUUUUCCGUGCACCUGCAUCCCUCAAGCAAAACACGCCGCAUGUUGGCCGUUACGGUGGAAGCACACAAACAAGUGGCUGGUCAGGAUCCAGCUGCACAGUUUGCGGAUCUUGGGGCUCUGCAGGUGGUGCCGCUAUCGGACAUUUUUGAUUGGCGUGCACAUCAAAGCUUUUUGCCCGAGGUGCUGCGCGCGGAGAGCACUGAAGAUGAAGCUGACGAUGACGAGGAUGCUUGGACAGAUGACGACGAGGCUUAGAGCGUGGUUUGACAUCAUUGUGAUCCGCCAUCAGCCUUUGACAAUUGAGACGUCACUGU